UCCGACACAGACCGGCCGCCAGUCCCGAGCCGACAUCACAACUGUGCGCACGAUCGACACAAUCCGCAGCACGCAAAAUAAACUCGUUUACAAUAAAAUGACUCGCGAUAUGACACAAAUACAGUUUUUAAAUAGUUGCGUCUGAAGCAGUUUUGACUACUUCGUUCGGGAAGAAGUUUUAAACUUUGGUGAAAAUGAAUGAAUCAGUGGGUAAUGAUACUUGGGAGUGGUGUAAGGAUGUGAUGAAGUCUUGGUUGGAGGACCCUGGGGUGGACGAGUUUGAAGGUCUAGAUAUGACUGCGUUGAAGAUGGACCAGGCGUACAUGGUGGGCGAGGCGGAUAUGGAUGUUGGAGUAUAUACAGUCUCCGAUGACUGCUUUAGAUGUCCAUUCGAGCUCCACAAAUCCCUGACGGCCGGAUCAGAAGAAUCUUGGGUGACCAGCACAGCCAGACAGGCUACUUGGCGUAUAUACACUAGUAGUGACCAAUAUAUCAGUGUUAGGAAUACCUCGGGUAUGCUGUGCCAGCUGCGUCCAGACCUGGGUCAGUUUGGCGUAUACCGGUUCAAUGUGAGUGAUGGAGCCUGCGGGAUCACCACCUCCAAGGGACCAGUCGAUAUUUACAAACCGUUACUUCUGAUGCUGGGAAUUUUACUUGGCGCGUGGGUGCUGUACGGCAUCGUGAGACUGAUCAUGUCCAGGGUCCACAAGACCGGCAAGCUCCGCUACGGGGACAAGGAGCUGGCCAUACAACAAAGACUUAAGGCGCUGGACACUUUCAGAGGGAUAGCAAUAGUGUUCAUGAUAUUCGUGAACGACGGCGCGGGCGGCUACUGGUGGCUGGAGCACGCCACGUGGAAUGGUCUGGUGGCGGGUGACCUGGUCUUCCCUGCCUUCCUCUGGAUCAUGGGGGUUUGCAUCCCCCUGUCUGUAAAGAGCGCCUUCGCUAAAGGUGUCCCGAGGUGGAAAAUCAUCUUACACAUCGUCAGGCGAUCUUUACUCAUGUUCCUACUGGGCAUGUCUCUGAACACGAUCUACGGCUCCAACGUGCUCCAGGAGCUGCGAAUAUUUGGAGUACUCCAGCGGUUGGCUGUCGCGUACCUCAUCGCCGCAGGGUUCUAUGCUCUCACCGCGCCUAAAUACUACACUCCACCAAGGGGAGCUUGCGGGCAGGCCCUGAAAGACGUGUUGUCGUGUGUGUGGUGUUGGGUGCUGGCAGCUGUCCUUGUCGCGCUCCAUAGCGCUGUCACCUUCGCCGUGCACGAUCCGGACUGCCCCGCCGGCUACCUCGGCCCUGGAGGCAAGCACGACGACUGGGUCGCCGCAAACUGCAGCGGCGGCGCGGCCGGCUACAUCGACCGCCUUCUGCUGGGGGAGCUACACGUGUUCCAGAAUAGUGAUGCCAGGCGAGUCUAUGGGGGACUGCCGACCGACCCAGAGGGAUUGUUAGGGUGUCUGACGUCAGCCGUGCAAGCCUUAUUGGGCGUUCAAGCUGGGGCUACGGUUCUACUGCAGAGGUCCCACAAGGCGCGAAUCUCGCGAUGGCUCACCUGGGGCCUGGUGUUUGCUCUGGCUGGAGCCCUACUCGCUGGAUUCUCCAGGGAGCAUGGAGUGGUGCCCAUUAACAAGAAUUUGUGGUCCAUGUCGUUCGUGCUGGUGACGUCAGCAUGCUGCCUAGUGCUGCUCACCAUUUGCUACACGUUCACCGACGGCUGGCGCAUCUGGGGCGGCGGGCCGUUCAGGGCCCCGGGCCUCAACGCCAUUGCCCUCUACGUGGGCCACUCGGUUUGUGCCCACCUGUUCCCGUUCCACUGGAGAAUCCCCAUGAUGAGGACCCACGCUAUACGGUUAGCUGAAGCGGUUUGGGGCACAGCCCUAUGGGUUAUCAUAGCCCAUAUCAUGGCAAAGAAGAAGGUUUUCAUCACGUUGUAAAGACAAUUUGUAUUUUAGAUAUAAGACGAUUUAGAUUUUGAAAUACUAAGUUCUAUGUAAGAUUUGUGAAGUGUGAUGUAAAUAUAUUGAAGUGCAUUUUUCUUAUAGGUAUAGUAUUUCAUGAUUUUGCUAGCCUGCUCUGAAAUAAUACUCUAGAUUCUAAACGACAAUACUCCGGCUUUCAGUAGAUAAAUAAAUGAAAAAAUAAGACUGAGCUGGUGAAUUUUUAAUUAUAUGAAAUUCCUAGUAAAUAAAUUUUUCAUUGAUGCAUUUCACUGCGUUGUGGGACGCGUAUAUAGGUACUUGUCGAAAUUAUCUAAAGGCAUAAAAGGUACAAUGCGGAUAGGCCCUCACUUUGUUGUUGUUAAGUGUGCUUUAAUAACUUUUAAUUCAUUGUGAACAUGGUCAAUAUACGUAAGUUACAUACAUAA